GUUAUGGGUCGAGUAAUCUCCUUUGAACGUCCUUCUAACUGUCUAUCUCAUAUGGAGUUGUUAUUUUGUAGGAACGCUCCCUCUGUUACUAAAGGAAACGAUUUCUGGGCUAAAAUUCUCAGCGAGAUCCAGCGGCUGUAUUUAUGA